AUGCCAAAAAGCCAGAAGCAGAAAAAAGCAGCAACAGCUGACUUCAGCAAAGCAAAGCUCAAGCUCGGGAAAGGAAAACAAAUCGCUAGCAAUGCUACCAACACUUCUUAUUCCACCAAAGUCAUUGCACUACCUAACCAGAACAUUGGAGCUGAGAAGGGUGAAGCUCCGACGACUAGGCGUAAUUUGACCUUGGAUGAUUUGCUAGUUCAUCUACGCCAUUACAGCCAUGCUACUCGCAAAGAUGCACUGAUCGGCCUUCGAGAGCUACUUGGGGCUCAUCAUGAACUUUGGCGGUCUAACCUAGGUCCAAUCAUACAUGGAGCUGCUCGAUUGAUCCCGGACGAGAAUGCAUCGGUUCGCAAGGCUUUAAUAGCCUUUUUCGCCUGGUUUCUUCCACAGAUUCCCACUGACUUAGUAACACCCUUUUGCUCGGCAAUCGUCUUCUUCGCGAGCUCAGCACUUGCUCACAUCUUUGCCGAAAUUAGAGUGGAUGCUGUUCAAAUUAUCGAUUUGCUUCUUGAAAUCUCUCCUAAUACGGUGAUCGGUGGCUGGUGGUCUGAUACAACAUCGCCUACAAACUCAAGUAGUGGUAAAGCACAAGGACAGCAUGGAAGACGAUUACUUCAACUUUAUCUCUCUAUGCUUUCGAUCGGACCAGAUGCUGCUACCUCUGGGGUAGCAUCUACCUCUUCAAAUCGACUCACUGACACGUCUAAAUUAAUGGUGUUGAAAUCCUUGAGUCGGUUCAUCCAUGCUGCUACUCGUCUAGAAGCUUCAGAAUCGGAAAAGACGACACUUCCGCUGUGGUUCUUUCAGGUUGCGUUCAAUAACCCACGUGACUUUGAACAAUUCAGAAACAUCCUUCCAGAUCAACAUCAAUCAGUCAGCUCCCAGACACCGAAAUCACAAUUCGGUUUUGAAUGUAUUGAUGAUCAGAACACGCACUGUUAUGAACCAUUUGCAGAAGUCUUUAUGGAUCGAAUCACCACUAACCCUCAAGCUCGUCAUGAUGUACCUUCUUACCAAGUCGACAACAAUACAAAGGAUAUUAAAAAAUCUGGCGAAGACGCUUUUCCGGACUCGCCUCUGAAACUAUUCAGGGUGAUGAAUCCAGUUUUGCUGUCAAUCUUUUUAGACUCAGCACCAACAGCUUUUCAUUCAGAAAUGGCAUCUAAUGAAACUGUUCAAUUGGCUAGUAAAGAACCUAGUACUCAUCUUGGAUUGGUCUGGUGUGUCGGAAGAAUUUUGUGUGACUUAUGGCGUGCGAGUGUGACGUCCAACUCCAAUAUCAUUCCGACUGAUUCCAAGAACUUGGCACAUAUCAUGGAGAAAAUGUCAACAUAUUUCAUCUUUGGAGCUGAUGAGCUCAAUAGCAAGAACACCAAGAGUGAUGCCAUCACAAUGAACCCCGGCAUGCCAGUAUUACCACCCGAUUCAUACGUUGCGAUGCUACCUACUAUAUGGUCUCUGCUUGGUCGUCGACAACAUACAUCUGACAUCGAUCAACCAGCAUCUCAUAACUGGUCUGAUCAAAUCAUGAAUGCUUUCAUCGAUCAUCUAGACCACCUCCGUCCAAGCUCUGAACUCAAAGCCUUGGGAAUAAGUUUUCUAGGCAGGAUUAUCAUUAUCGAUGACCUUCCAGGAUGUAGCUCUCCAUUCCGAUUGGAGUCUGCUUCAUCGGAAACUCAGGAGAAGCUUAGAAAAUGGAUUCUGAGUUUACCAAAAGUCUUGUGGGCGCUAGACAACAAGAACCCUAUGACAUCAAAAACGAUCUUAUCAUUCUUGCAUCAUAUCACUACGAGAUCAUUAUCAUUUUUCCAAACCGUCUUACCAGAUUUAGCUCCUUUACUUACACCUUUCUUUGCUAUUAAACAUCCUACACAUCAAAGAUCUAUUCUUGGACCUUAUUCUCGUUUACCAAUCGAUUCUCAAAAGUUGGCACAAGGAUUAGUGGGAUGA